AGUACUGACUUACCAUGGAGCAUAACUGGAAGGUUGUGGAGUUCGCAGACAAAGGGACAGCAGUUGUCCCACAUUCCUGGGAGAGUCUGGGCACAUGUGCGUGGCCCCCUCGUGAUGUGGCCAAGGCGACAAGACAGCGAACACUGCCCGCCAUAGGCUGGCAGAUCUUUAAGGAUGUCCGUUGCCUUGCCAUUUGUGACACCUAUGAGAAGGCUUGUCAACGCCUGAAAAAAACAACAGACCCGGACUGUGCAACAUCUGAUAUAGAUACAGAACCGGAAACUGUGUAUCCAAAAAAAAGAAAACUGAAGCCUAAUCGCAAAUACAGUCCGAACCUGUAUGAAGAGGAUCGGGAAGCAUUUCAGAAGCGGCCGGACAUUAUAUCUCCUGAUGUUCGCAACAGCUACAGGGCAGCGGCAGAUGUGCUUAACUGGGAAGAGGAUGACACUCCUCGUGCAACCAACAUGAUGUUAGACUCACCUCAUUCAAGCCACACAGUGCUGGACACUCAUCGUGCAACCAACAUGAUGUCAGACACUCAUCGUGCAACCAACAUGGUGUCAGACACUCAUCGUGCAACCAACAUGAUGUCAGACACUCAUCGUGCAACCAACAUGAUGUCAGGUAAGUCACGGUGA